AUGGAUAAUUGUAUGGUUAUGCAAAAUGGUUUUCAAUUUGCAACUGGUGAAGAUCAAUGUAUUGUAUUUUUAUUUCGAGGUUGGAAUGUUGAUAAUCAUGUUAAAUAUGCAUUUAUGAUUCUUGGAGUUUUUUGUAUGGGUUUAUUAAAUGGAACUUUAGCUUAUAUUCGUCAUCGUAUAAAUGAUAGUUACCGAGAACAUUCAUCUUUAUUAUUACAUCAAAUAUAUUUAGCAUUGAUUUAUGGAGUUCAAAUAGUUCUUGCUUAUUGGAUGAUGUUAUUAGUUAUGACAUAUGAAAGUGGUAUUUUUAUUUCUCUUAUACUUGGCCUUGUUAUCAGUUAUUUUAUUUUUGGUUAUAUUCAAGCGAAAAAUCGUCCAUUAAAUAAAAUAAUAUCUGGAAAUAAUUCAACAUAUGAAAAUCGAUUUAGUAAUACACCUUGUUGUGAAACAGGCUUUUACUAA